CUUCCUCUCCCCUCAAUAACAACAACGUGAUGAGGAGGAUCUGCGUGCGAGCGAAAGCCUGAUACCCUUUUGCUGGUUUGUUGUUGUUUGUCACGCAGGCAGCAGAGAGAAAGUGUCGGCGGGAUGAGUGAGGAGGAGGAGGAGGCGGCGGUGGCAGUGGCAGCGGCUGGUACCUCUGGCCAGGGGGACGCGCUGCGGCAGCUGUGUGAACAGGCUGGUCUUGAAGUUAAACAAGAACCUUCAAAUGUGCAGAGCUACGUUUCACCUUUGCAACUUAAAAUGCCUCUGAAGACCACAAACCCAGGGAAUGAUGUUGAUCCUGAAUAUGAAGAGAAAAUGAAAAUGGACCGGACCAAAAGAUUUGAAUUCCUUUUAAAACAGACUGAGCUAUUUGCACAUUUUAUCCAGCCAGCUGCUCAAAAAACCCCAUCAUCUCCACUCAAGCUAAAACUGGGGAGACCUCGAACAAAACAAGAUGAAAAGCAGUCACUGCUUUCAGUUGGCGACAACCGUCAUCGGCGUACUGAACAGGAGGAAGAUGAGGAACUACUUUCUGAAAGCAAAAAGACAUCAAAUGUUUGUGUUCGAUUUGAAGAGUCACCAUCCUAUGUGAAAUCAGGAACACUUCGAGAUUAUCAGAUACGUGGGCUGAACUGGCUGAUCUCCCUCUAUGAAAAUGGUAUUAAUGGUAUCCUUGCUGAUGAAAUGGGUCUUGGUAAGACACUACAGACCAUUGCAUUGCUGGGUUACCUGAAACAUUACAGAAAUACACCUGGGCCACACAUGGUUUUGGUACCAAAGUCCACGUUACAUAAUUGGAUGAAAGAGUUCAAGCGUUGGGUUCCAUCACUUCGUGCAGUUUGUCUUAUUGGAGACAAAGAUCAAAGGGCUGCCUUUAUUCGAGAUAUCAUGAUGCCAGGCGAGUGGGAUGUCUGCAUUACAUCUUACGAAAUGGUCAUAAAAGAAAAAUCUGUUUUCAAGAAGUUUAACUGGAGAUACUUGGUCAUUGAUGAAGCUCAUCGAAUCAAGAAUGAAAAAUCCAAGCUCUCUGAAAUAGUACGGGAAUUUAAAUCAACAAACCGUUUGUUACUGACAGGGACACCUUUGCAGAAUAAUCUCCAUGAAUUGUGGGCUUUGCUCAACUUCCUGUUGCCUGAUGUAUUCAAUUCUUCUGAUGAUUUUGACUCAUGGUUUGACACAAACAACUGCCUCGGUGAUCAGCAGCUAGUGGAACGUUUACAUGCGGUACUCCGACCAUUCUUGCUUCGGCGGAUUAAAGCAGAGGUUGAAAAAAGCUUGCCUCCUAAAAAAGAGACUAAGAUCUACGUUGGUCUCAGUAAAAUGCAAAGGGAAUGGUACACAAAAAUCUUGAUGAAGGACAUUGACAUUCUAAACUCUGCUGGAAAGAUGGACAAGAUGCGCUUGUUGAACAUCUUAAUGCAGCUCCGAAAGUGCUGUAACCACCCGUAUCUCUUUGAUGGCGCUGAACCUGGUCCUCCUUACACUACAGACACUCAUCUUGUUUACAAUUGUGGCAAGAUGGUGGUUUUGGAUAAGCUGCUGCCCAAGUUGAGGGAACAGAGUUCCAGAGUCCUCAUUUUCAGCCAGAUGACCCGUUUGAUGGAUAUUCUUGAAGAUUACUGCAUGUGGCGUGGCUAUGACUAUUGUCGUCUGGAUGGACAAACCCCCCAUGAAGAAAGAGAGCGGGCAAUAGAUUCUUUCAAUGCUUUCAACAGUUCGAAGUUCAUAUUUAUGCUGAGUACCAGAGCUGGAGGCCUUGGUAUCAACCUUGCAACAGCAGAUGUCGUCAUUUUGUAUGAUUCAGAUUGGAAUCCACAAGUGGAUUUGCAAGCUAUGGACCGCGCACAUCGUAUUGGCCAAAAGAAAACCGUUCGUGUAUUUCGGCUUAUCACAGACAACACCGUGGAAGAGCGGAUUGUGGAAAGAGCGGAGAUGAAACUCCGACUUGAUUCCAUUGUUAUUCAGCAAGGCAGGCUGAUUGACCAACAGACCAACAAACUAGGCAAAGAUGAAAUGCUACAGAUGAUUCGCCAUGGUGCAACCCAUGUCUUUGCCACCAAAGACAGUGAGCUAACAGAUGAGGACAUUGACACUAUAUUGGAGAGAGGAGAAAAGAAGACAGCUGAACUGAAAGAACGUUUGCAAAACCUUGGUGAGAGUUCUCUUCGAUCGUUUACAAUGGAAACAGAAAGUUUAUAUAGUUUUGAAGGUGAAGAUUACAGAGGGAAACAGAAGAUAGGUUUAACAGAGUGGAUUGAACCUCCCAAACGAGAGCGGAAAGCCAAUUAUGCGGUAGAUGCAUAUUUCCGAGAAGCUUUACGUGUCAGUGAGCCAAGAGCACCAAAGGCACCUCGACCUCCAAAACAGCCAAGUAUUCAAGACUUCCAGUUUUUUCCACCACGCCUAUUUGAAUUACUGGAGAAAGAAAUCCUGUCUUAUCGAAAAAGUAUAGGCUAUAAGGUCCCCCGGAAUCCUGACUUACACAAUGCAGCUCAAGUACAAAAGGAAGAGCAGCGGAAAAUUGAUGAUGCACUGCCUCUCAACCAGAAGGAAAUUGAGGAGAAAGAGAAGCUUCUUACACAGGGUUUCACAACUUGGAACAAACGGGACUUCAAUCAGUUUAUCAAAGCCAAUGAGAAGUAUGGUCGAGAUGAUAUUGAUAACAUUGCCAGAGAAGUUGAGGGCAAGACUCCUGAAGAGGUCAUUGAGUAUUCUGCUGUUUUCUGGGAACGCUGCAAUGAAUUGCAGGACAUCGAGAAGAUCAUGGCCCAGAUUGAGCGUGGGGAGUCAAGGAUUCAAAGACGGAUUAGCAUAAAGAAAGCUUUAGAUGCAAAGAUGGCAAGAUAUAAAGCUCCUUUCCAUCAACUGCGUAUUCAGUAUGGAACUAACAAAGGAAAGAAUUAUACAGAAGAGGAAGAUCGCUUCCUCAUCUGUAUGCUGCACAAGAUGGGCUUUGAUAAAGAAAAUGUGUAUGAGGAACUGCGACAAUGUGUGCGCAAUGCCCCACAAUUUAGGUUUGACUGGUUUAUCAAGUCCAGGACAGCAAUGGAACUCCAGAGACGCUGCAAUACAUUGAUAUCUCUAAUUGAGAAAGAAAACUCAGAACUUGAAGAAAAGGAACGUGCUGAGAAGAAACGACGAGGACCUAAAACUGGAACGGCACAGAAGAGAAGGGCAGAAACAACUCCAGAAACGUCUGGACGAAAGGAUUGGAAGAAAAUGAAGAAUUAAGCUUCUUCCUCAAAUGAAGACUACGUCUUGGUUAACCCUAUAGUUUCAUAUUGCUGCCUUUGCUCAAUUGUAUAUUCAUUAGAAAUAUAUUCAGUUGAUGCAGUUUAAAACAUUUUAUGGAUUAAUGAAUGCAUUCACAUUGAAGCUGGAAAUUGAGAUUUUCUUUAGUCCUGUGCUGUGGAUGCCUAGUUAUUUUCCUUUUAGCCUAUUCCAUUCCAGUAUUUUAUGUCUGUUCUUCAGUUGUAUGUACAGUGAUUGAUUUGUAUUUGAAUGGUUCACUCCUUGCACGUGUUUUAAUAUGGUGGAUGUUUUUAAAGUAAAACAUAGGGAAUCUCUUUUACGUGAGUGAGAAUCAAAACAGAUGUGGAUUUGAAGUAUUCGAGGAGGCAUUCAUCAGGACCUCUGAGCCAGUUAACCAAAAGAACCCUAUUUUAAAUAAAGCAACUUGUUUCUUGGAUGUUUACCUUUUAUUUUGUUUAACAGUAUCAACUGUAAAUUAAUGAAAUAUUAUUGAUAAAAUAUAAAUCUCAAUGCUCAAUAAUGUUUCAAUGAAUGUGUUUAACUUCUAAUGGAACACUGCUGUCUAGGAAGAUCACAAUUUUGUACUAGUGAAUUUUGGUGCUUCAAAAAUUCGUUUGAAUUCUACGUUUUUGUAAAGUUUGCUCAGCCAGCAGCUCCAUUCUGACCUGGCCAAUUGUUGCUGUACAGAAACAAGGUACCAGUUUAUUAACAUUCUGUGCAGGGAAAUAAUGUAACUGUAAGACAUCAGAGCUGUUAUGUAUACACAGCCUCUCCUGUUCAAUGCUGUGGGGUAUAAAACUGCAAAAGCAUCAGUGAGUGUCAUUGUCAGCACUGCCAAUGAGACCUUGGGAAAACUGCCUCUCACUUGGCUCUCUGAAAAUCUCUGUUGAUGGUUAGACUGAAAAGUAGUAUAAUAAAGGCUGCAUAGAUAACAGAAGAUAGUGAUGACCAAGUCAUUUCCUCCAUCCCUGAGUUCCUGCACCACCAUAUUAUUUUACCCUUGACUGUAUGUAUUUAUCUUUGAAGACCGUGUUUAAACUGGCUCCCACUUACUAACUCAAUUAUGGACCUAGUUGAUAUGUCUGCAGGUUGUACUUAUCCAAUUUCUCAAUUGACUCCAAUGACACCGUCUAGCAAAAACAAUUGAGAUUAACAUGCAAUGAACCAGGGGCAAGGAUUACAAAGUACAUUUCAUGUCUACUUACUCAGCUAGAGAGAAAGCAUUAAAGGAUCCUUUUUUUCACUAUAUCUUCCAGAUCAACCAAUUACUCCAGUUAGAAACUGGCUGGUUCAGUGUUCCAGUAAAAUGGCUAGUAUACACAGAUCAAUAAGCAGUUAGGCAAUUUCAUUGUCCACAUAAACUCACCCUCUGAUACUGUCCAAAGCAGUCAUAGCACCUCAAAAAAAAUCAGUUAAAGUUUAUCACCUCUGAAAGCACUCCUGGAAGUUUGAUAGCCUGAUACUCGAUUCCUAUGACAUUAGUUGACUGAGGUGGGUGUUCUGUGGAGAUGAAUAUCUUGGCUUGUGGCUGUGCACUAGUCGAAUCAGGGUUUCCCUAGCCUUUGAAUCACUCCCUUGGUGGUUUCUUUUGUUUAUCCUGAGCUUCUCUUGUUUGCGUAUACGCAAUAGAGAUGUGUUGCAAAAUAGUUUCUGACUGGAAAUCUAAUGCAAGCAAAUGAACUAAUUUAAUCUGUUUUGCAAACGGACAAUGUGAUCUGAUGCUGCAUCAAAAUAUGUGCAAAUUUCCAGCAAUGCCCUUAUCCAAAGUUGGCAACUUUAGACAUGGGUGAAUGUAGUCAUGAGGUUUAGUUUAAGGUGUGUAUUGUAACUGCAAUCUGUUGCCAUUCAUUCUUAUGUCUCCAUUCAUUCAUCCUUGUCUUGAGUGUUUUCUUCACCCAUAAAUUUGGGCAGUAAAAUCAUACAUUUCUGAUUGUAAUAAACCUAUUUGAAAUAAAUUAAUUAUUGUCAGUAUAACAGUUAGGCCUGAUUUUGGAAACCCAGCCCAUGGCAGGUCGAGCGGUGUUUUUCUCUUUCAGCUUCCAAAAUAUAUUGAUCUCCAGCUACAAGGCUUGGGAAAUGUGACAGAUUCCACCCUCCAGUUCAUCAGCUCUGAUGCCAACAGCGAUACCAACAUUCGUGCCAAAACUCCCCACACAGAUAAGCGACAGAAUCUGAACUUCUUCGUCAAACUGCUAAUCCUUUCAGAAAUUCCUUUGUCUCUUGUAAUCGCGAUCAUCUAAAUAUUUGUGACAGCUAAUGUCAAUAGCAACAAUUGUUGUAGCUUUAAUAUAAUAGUUGUGUAGAACUGAAAAUUUCUCAGACAGAGCUUGAAAGCAUAAAUUGUGCAACAAUUGGACAGAAUGCUACAAUUUCCCUGAUUUGGCACAACCACCUGACGAAGGAGCGUCACUCUGAAAGCUAGUGUGCUUCCAAUUAAACCUGUUGGACUAUAA